UUUGGACCGAACGCGUUUGCUUCUGGGUCCUCACCCUCCUCCCAUUCACAUUCACAUACAAACCUGUCCAAAUAGAAAAAUGCUUCUCAGUGGCAGCAGAUAGAGACAGACAGGAAAAUCAACCCCCAUUCUCUUUGCAGUCCAUUUCUACUAGGCUGGCAGGCAGCUUGGUAAAACCAAGGGAAAAGGACAAGGUCGAUCCAUUCUCUUUCUCUCACCUACAACUUACUGGCUACUUGCCCAUUUUUUGUUUCUACCUGUUCUACACGGUUCCUGUUUCUUUUUCUCAGUUGGGUUUUGCAGCACCAUGCUUGAAUUGUUCAAAUUUGAUAGCUUUUGAUUCAUUUGUUUGUUUAUCUCAUCUGACUACUUCUUUGCCCUUUAUUUUCCUUGGUUUUUUCAUCUCAAACUUGUCAGUAAUUGUAGAUUUAGUCGUUGAUCAAGCAAGGUUUUGACCAUUUUUAUCUAUCAUUUGUGUAUUCUGCAAUUUAUACUUUGAGUUUAUGAUUUCUGGGUUUCUUCUUUCAAUCGCAAGAGUUCAUGUGCCAUAGUCUGAUGCAAUUUUAGAAAGAAAGUUGGUAAGGGUGAUUUCUGUCUGUUGACUUGGUAUAAAUUUUGAUGCUUUACUUUUGGGGUUACAAAUCCAAGCUUUUGAUCUUGCUUCUCUGGUGUAUAAACUAGAGUCUAGAGAGAGAGUGGGAGGAGAGUUUGACUUGAUCAACGAUAGUUGUCGGAUUCCGAAAUUAGAUCUUAUGUGUUGUGCUAAGAGACAUUCAAUAGAGAAGGUUAGAUUUUGAUGUUAAGCAAGUGUUAAGGAAGGAAUAGAGUUUUGGUCUAAAUGGGUAACACUUGUGUUGGACCGAGCAUUUCCAAGAAUGCUUUCUUCCAAUCAGUUUCAGCUGUAAUGUGGCCAAACCGCUCUCCCGAUGACUCAGUUCAUACUAACAGAGAACCUGUCAAUGAGACAUCAUCACCUAAGGAACCUGAGUCGCCUAUGCCAGUACUAGACAAACCACCAGAGCAAGUGACAAUACCAAAACCAGAAACCGAGCCAAAGCAAUCCGCAAAACCUGAAACUGAGCCAAAACAAUCCGCAAAACCCAAGAAGCCACCGCAGAUAAAGAGGGUCCCUAGUGCAGGACUUCAGGCUGGUUCGGUGUUGCAAACGAAAACCGGAAAGAUAAAGGAGUUUUACAGUUUUGGGAGGAAACUUGGACAGGGGCAGUUUGGAAUAACGUUUCUGUGUGUGGAGAAGGCGACAGGGAAAGAGUAUGCGUGCAAAUCGAUUGCGAAAAGGAAGUUAAUAACUGAUGACGAUGUGGAGGAUGUGAGGAGGGAAAUUCAGAUCAUGCACCAUCUGGCAGGCCACCCAAAUGUUAUCUCUAUUAAGGGAGCUUAUGAGGAUGCUGUAGCAGUUCAUGUUGUUAUGGAAUUAUGUGCAGGAGGUGAGCUCUUUGAUAGGAUUAUCCAGCGCGGGCAUUAUACAGAAAGAAAGGCAGCUGAGCUAACUAGGACUAUAGUUGGAGUGGUCGAAGCUUGCCAUUCAUUGGGAGUUAUGCAUCGAGACCUUAAACCAGAGAACUUUCUCUUUGUCAGUCAGGAUGAGGAUGCACUUCUCAAAACUAUUGAUUUUGGAUUGUCAAUUUUCUUGAAGCCAGGAGUAAAAUAUAGUGAUGUGGUUGGAAGCCCAUAUUAUGUUGCACCUGAAGUGUUACGCAAGCGUUAUGGUCCAGAAGCAGAUGUCUGGAGUGCAGGGGUGAUCGUUUACAUUCUGUUAAGUGGGGUACCGCCAUUUUGGGCUGAAAAUGAGGAAGGAAUAUUUGACCAGGUCCUACAUGGUGACCUAGAUUUCGAAUCAGACCCUUGGCCUAGUAUUUCUGAUGGUGCCAAAGAUUUAGUGAGGAGAAUGCUUGUCCGAGACCCCAAAAGGCGGCUGACAGCCCAUGAAGUUUUGUGCCACCCCUGGGUGCAAGUUGAUGGUGUGGCUCCCGAUAAGGCUCUUGAUUCUGCAGUUCUAAGUCGCUUAAAACAAUUUUCGGCUAUGAACAAACUCAAGAAAAUGGCUCUCAGAGUCAUUGCAGAGAACUUGUCUGUAGAAGAAAUAGCUGGCCUGAAAGAAAUGUUCAAGAUGAUAGACACUGACAACAGUGGUCAAAUCACUUUUGACGAACUAAAGAUUGGAUUGAAAAGAUUUGGGGCAAAUCUAAAGGAGUCUGAAAUUUAUGAUCUAAUGCAAGCAGCAGAUGUCGAUAACAGUGGAACCAUUGAUUAUGGGGAGUUCGUAGCUGCAACGUUGCAUCUGAACAAAAUUGAGAGAGAAGAUCAUCUAUUUGCAGCUUUCUCCUACUUUGAUAAGGAUGGAAGUGGCUAUAUUACUCCGGAUGAGCUUCAACAAGCUUGUGAGGAUUUUGGCAUAGAGGAUGUUCGCCUCGAAGAGAUGAUAAGAGAAGUUGAUCAGGACAAUGAUGGACGCAUAGAUUACAACGAGUUUGUAGCCAUGAUGCAGAAGGGAAAUUUUGUUGGCCCUGGUAAGAAGGGACUGCAAAGUAGCUUCAGCAUUGCAUUUAGAUAAGCACUUGAAAUUUAGUUCAUAGAUAACAAUGAGGGUUUCAGGUUUCCUGCUUCAUUCUUCAUUGUUUUGAGGUAUGAAGAUUGUAUAGAAAGGUACUUGACUGCUCUUCCAAGUCGAGCCAGGCAUUUCGGGUUAUUUUCUCCGAAUUUAUUGAGGCUUCCACACCGAGGGAUUUUGUAUCUGAAACUCGGAGCCCUUUCUAUCUUGUAUACAGGGAGGAGAAUUUUUUUUUUUUUUUAUUGGCAUAUGUAUUUUUAUUUUCGUAAA